CGUGUGGCUGCUCUUUGUUCAGCGUCUUCUCACUCGGCUGCGGGGCUCUUCUACGGGCGAUGGCGCGCACGAAGCAGACGGCGCGUAAGUCGACGGGCGGGAAGGCGCCCCGCAAGCAGCUGGCCACCAAGGCUGCCCGCAAGAGCGCGCCGGCCACGGGCGGCGUCAAGAAGCCGCACCGCUACCGGCCCGGCACGGUGGCGCUGCGCGAGAUCCGGCGCUACCAGAAGUCGACGGAGCUGCUGAUCCGCAAGCUGCCCUUCCAGCGCCUGGUGCGCGAGAUCGCGCAGGACUUCAAGACCGACCUGCGCUUCCAGAGCUCGGCCGUCAUGGCGCUGCAGGAGGCCAGCGAGGCCUACCUGGUGGGGCUCUUCGAGGACACCAACCUGUGUGCCAUCCACGCAAUGUCUGGCCGGGGCAAGGGCGGCAAGGGGCUCGGCAAGGGCGGCGCCAAGCGCCACCGCAAGGUGCUGCGCGACAACAUCCAGGGCAUCACCAAGCCGGCCAUUCGCCGUCUGGCUCGGCGCGGCGGUGUCAAGCGCAUCUCCGGGCUCAUCUACGAGGAGACGCGCGGCGUGCUUAAGGUGUUCCUGGAGAACGUGAUCCGCGAUGCCGUCACCUACACGGAGCACGCCAAGAGGAAGACGGUCACGGCCAUGGACGUGGUCUAUGCCCUCAAGCGCCAGGGUCGCACCCUCUACGGCUUCGGUGGCUGA